AUGGCGCGGCGCCUCGUCGCGGCAGCCCUGCUGCUGCUCAUCCCGACGCGCGGCGACGACGGCGGCCGCUGCCACAUCGAGGUCGUCGUCGACGGCGCCGCGCGGCGCCUCGAGACGUCCGUGCCGCCGCCGGAGCGCCCCGAGCUCGUCGCCGGCGCCCGCGACUUCGCCGAGGACCUGGGCCUCGCGACGGGCGCCGGCUGCGACACGGUCGGCUGCGUCGCCGAGCGGCUCGCGGACAUGCUCGGCGCGCGCUGCGCCGCCGACGAGUACCGGCGCCGGAGCCGCCGCGAGCCGCGGUGCCGGGAGCUCGGGCGCGCUACGGCGUGCGCGGAGCUCGCGCCGCCGCUCCUCCAAACAACAGAAGCAGCCGCGGGCGCGCACUGCGUCGUGGGCCUCGCUAGGACCUUCCCCCGCGUCGCCGCGUCCAUCGCCGACGCCGUCGCGCCCCUCGGCGCCGCGGACUUCUUCUUCGUCUUCGGCGGCGCGCAGGCGUCGGCCGCGCCGGACGCCGCGUGGCGCGGCGCCUUCGACCGCUUCCCGCAGAUCGCCCAGUUCGUCGUCGACGACACCGGCGGCCAGCUCCAGAAGCUCCAGCUCUGCUUCGGCCACGUGCUCGCGGCCGAGGCCGCCGCGGGCCGACAGUACGCCUGGGUCGCCAAGCACCGGCCGGACCUCCGCUGGACCGCGCCGCUGCCCGCGGCGCUCGCGCGGACGCGCGACGUCGUCCACUGCUACAACCUCGCCGGCGUCUGCCCGCGGGCGAGCGUCGGCGAGGGCUGGCCCUGCGACGUGCCCAACGCGGCGAACGCGACCUUUGUCAACGGCGUCGCCGCGGUGCCCGUCUGCGCGCCCGUGUUCCAGGUCGCCAUGGCGCGGUCCCUACCGGCGCAGGACCGCGCGGAGCGCCACCUCUACAAGGGCCUGGACCUCGCGCGGGACCUCGCGCGCGCCGCGGAGCCCUUCUCCGACGCGUUCGCCGAGUGCGCGCUCGACUUCCUCGCGUGGACGUGCCGCGCCUACGACGCCUACCUCGAGGCCUGGGCCCGGGACGCCGCGCCCCGGGACGCCGCCGGCCGCCUGCUCGUCGACGCCGCGCCGGCGACGCCCGCCUGGGACGACGGCAGCGCGGCGCACGCGCUCUACGCGGCCGUCGCCGCGCGCGACGGCGCGGGCGCCGCGCACGCGCUCGCGCGCCUCGGCGACGCCUACGCGGCGGCGCUGCGCUACGCGACCCUGGGCGUCGACGGCCAGGGGCCGGGCUCCGCGGCCUUCGGGCCCUGGUCGUCGCACGACGACAAACGGCCGCCGCGCGUGCCGUUCCUCGACGCGCAGUGCGGCCCGCGCGCCGCGUGCCGGCGCCCGGGCGGCGGCCCCGGCGCCGCCUACGCCGCCGAGCUCUGCGCGCGGUCCUUCGCGCCGGACGUCCUCGCGUCGCCUUUCUACUUCCGCGCGGCGCCGCUCAUGGAGGGCGUCGCCGGCUGCUCCGCGCGCCACCUCCUCGCGCGCGCGGCGGUGACCUGGGGCGGCGGGGUCGAGUGGAUUGAGGCUCGAGCCGGCCGUGCCGUCUAG